UAUCACUAUUGAUCUGAAUACGGACGGGACAUGGAUCUUGUUUUGUUUUCCUCUGUUUAAGUGUAUGUGUUUUGUUGUGUCUACUGUCCAGUUGGUUUAAUAACACGGUUAAAACUAAAUAAUUUUCAGCACCGAUUGAUAUUAAGUUAUUGGUGGUUUAUCAAUAUGGAUUUCAACGACAAAGUUGUUCUGAUCACCGGUGCUAGUUCAGGAAUGGGGGCAGCGACGGCGAUACAUUUCUCAAAGUUGUCUGCAAGUUUGGCGCUCGUCGGUCGCAAGGAGAACAACCUAAAAAGGAUCGCCUUGUACUGCGAAAAGGCUAAAGGUAUUAAACCUCUAUCGAUAGUCGCUGAUGUCACAGACGAUACAGCUUUAGAGCGAAUCGUACAAGAAACUAUAGAUUACUUCGGGAAGAUCGACGUUUUAAUCAACAACGCCGGUAUGAUUGCGAUGGGAGGACUGAAAACGUCCGAUGUUGAUACUUACGACAAAAUAAUGGCGGUAAAUAUGAGAGCUGUAUUUCAACUCACCAAACUAUUCACACCGCAUCUAAUAGAGAGUAAAGGGUGCAUCGUAAACGUAUCCAGCAUUCUCGGCAGUAAAGUAACAACACAAUGUUUAUCUUACAGCUUGUCUAAAGCCGCUUUGGAUCAAUUCACUAAAUGCGUCGCUCUAGAACUAGCUGCCGACGGUGUGAGAGUCAACUCUGUGAAUCCGAGCUACGUGAAAACGAAUCUGUUGAAAGACAUCGGUCUGACUGAGGAUCAGUUGGAAUUGUAUACGCAGAACUUCGUUAGCAAAACGCCUUUGAAGAGGCUAGUGGAAGGUGACGAGGUCGCGAGCCUUAUUUCGUUCCUGGCGAGCGAUAGAGCUAAAAGUAUUACUGGCACUUGCAAUGCCAUUGACGCUGGGAAAUCAUUGAGCUAAAUUAUUUUUGCUAGCGUCGUUUCAACUGAUGAACAGCCGAUGAUCAUAAGUAUCUUAUUGGGGGGAUUUAAAUGCGUGUUUUUGAGAUGUCUGCCAUUCAAAUCCGCUCAGAGAUUGCGUUUCUGACACCUGUCAAUGUCACCUUUUUAUAAUUUUGUUAACAAUUUUAGCGCAACAUUAAUACAUUUAUUGUAAGUUGGCAUAAUUAUUAUUUUUUAAAUGUUUAUUAAGGUUAAUAAAAUAUAUUUAAAUAUCUCAUUGACAUUGACAUUGACAGGUGUCAGAAAUGCAAUAUCUGAGCGGCCGGACUUUAGUCCAGUUUUUUAGAAGGAUCUACCAAUAAGCAUUUUAUUGAUGGAAACAGAAACCGUCAAUCCUGCGAGUUACGUGCCAACAACUACUACUAGGCACUUAGGGCCUUCUAUUGAAAAAUCUACCUUCCUAGCCAAUAAUGUUGCAAUCAAUAAAAAUUAUUAUUUACCUACCUACCUACAUAUUUUUGUUUAUCCUUAUUUAAUUCUAUUUAUUCGCUAUUGUCAAAGUAAUUUAUUGUAAAAUGCAUUUUGUAGCUGUAGAGCAUUGCAUAGUAUUAUCUAAAUCAUAUUUAAUUACAGUAUUUAAACCAAUUAAAAAAAAUAAUACUCUGCGCUCCACUUGUACCUAGGUACUUUUAAAAGGUAGGUAUGUAAAAUUUAUUUUUGUAAGUACCUACCUUAAUCUAUACAGGUACCUAAUCUAUAGUGGCCAUACAUUCUAUAGUUCAUUAAACCAUUUUAAACCCUAUCUAUUGGUAGAAAUUAAAUACUUACGGAGUACCGACCUACCAACAAAGAUUAUAUUAUUAGAUAUCAAGUUACAUGCCUUCAUUUGAAUUCAUUCAUUCAUUCGAGUUUCAUUCAGUGGUGGAUUUACCGGUAGGCUAAGUAAGCUGGAGCCUAGGGCGGCAGAUUUUAGAGGACGGCAAAUUUGAUCCAAAAAACUUUUUCUUCUACAGAAAUAAAGAAAAUAUAAUAUAAUUUUAAUAUUUUACGUACGUCCUAUCCAAUUUUAUUAACACAAUUUAAGGAAAUUGUAUUGAUUGCGAUCUGAAACGAAUUUCUCAGUUCAGUAAGGAUUGCAAAAAUUCAAUAGCCUACUGGCGGCAAAUUUGUAAAUCCGCCACUGGUUUUAUUUGAGUUCAAAGUCACCGCAAUAUGUAAUCCGAAUUUAGCUAUUCAACUGCAAAUCACAGUUUUACUGUGGUGAAAUGGCAAAUGAAUAAGAUUGUAGUAGAUAACGUCCAAUUAUUAAAAUCACAUUGCAGCUCCAUUAACUAUUUAAAAAUCAAGUCUCUAGGUUAUUUAAAAUCGUGAUCAAUGUAUUUUUAUAUAGAUAAAUGAUUUACACACAUUAUUUAUUAAGAUUACGUAGGUAUUUGUUGUCUUACUUAAUUUAUUAUUUUAAAUAAAAUUAUUGUACCUAAUU